AUGGAUUCUCAGAGUCCCGCAACGGCUAAUCAGCAAGAGCUUGAAGACUUUAGAAAGCAAUGGCGAGAAGAAGUGCAACAUCGGAAAGUCAGCCAACCUUCUCAGGAGACAGCGACUUCGUCAACCGCACCGCCAACGGAACCCAUGCCGCAAGGAUCGGCAUCAGCAAAACCUCCAGUAGAAUCGAUGGCGUCGUUGUCUCUCCAAGACCCCGUUGCCGCCAAAGAGAUGCCGUUUAAGGCUCCAGAGAGAAAAUCUGAAAUCACGGCUAUGGAUCAUUAUGUCGAUGCAGUAGAAAACGAACGACAAGGAAAACUGGGAAAAGCGCUGGACAGUUAUCGGCGUGCAUUCAAAUUAGAUCCAGACAUUGAUUUUGUAUACAAGCGAGAGUUUCAACAGCAACAGUUGGCAUCGACUUCUCAAACUGUCCAACGCCGCACGAGUGUUCAAGAAGACGGUCAUGAGGCACCAGAUGACACUUUUCGACACAUUAUUCCUAUCUCCAACGAAUACGUGGCACCAUCUGCUCUCCGCAAGGAUCCGUUGGAAGGAUUAAUACAGCAACUAUCGGAAGAAGAUCUUCAAUACAUACCCGCUGUUGACUAUAAACCAGUCCUGAUUGCCAAAUUACCAAGUGAAAUCAUGCAACUUAUUUUACGUCGUUUGAUUCUGCGAUCGGUGUCGUCCAUUGCCAAAUUUGCAGUUGUGUGUAAAAAGUUUUUCUUGCUGACAAGAUCGCCUUCCUUGUGGCGUUUUCUUUGUGAACAUGCUUUUCGAAUACCAGGCAUUGCAAUCGAAGUAUCAAAGCAGCAACAAUUGGAACAUGUGCAAAAAUACGGCGGACACUGGAUGCGUAUGUUCAUUGAAAGACCCCGUAUUCGGUUCGAUGGGAUCUACAUAUCCACUUGUCAUUAUAUUAGACCAGGUACUUCAGACAGCAGCUGGAAUCAGCCUGUGCAUCUUGUCACGUAUUACCGUUAUCUAAGGUUUUUCCCUGACGGUACACUGGUGAAGCAUGUUUCCACGGACGAACCGGCGCAGGUGGUGAAAUUGAUCAAUGGUAAUUUUGGUCGAAAACAGGUAUUCAAUGGACGGUGGCAGAUCGAUGGAGACGAAAUAGAUAUUCGGAUGCGCGAUCCAGAUUUACCGUUUGAACAUUUUGAAAUGUAUCUCAAGAUUAAGAGCACGCAUCGAGGGCGUCAUAACAAAUUGACGUGGAUAGAAUAUGUCAGCCGGAAGGAAGGUCGUGACGAAAUCGCCACGUACGAUCUCAAGUUGAUGAAGCCAUUCUUCUUCAGUACGGUUCGCUCUUACACCAUAAACUAUACUGUGCUUGUUUCCUUUCAAAGGGCAAAUGAUCAUCCGAUCGAUCUUUAUAUAUAUAAUUUUUUUGAUGGUAUGGUAAUUUUGCAACAGUCAUCAUUCCUGUAUUCAGAUAUGGUUUUUUCGAUGCUGUAUGAAUCGUAUGAUAUUCAGAAAUUCAAUGCCAUGCCUGGACUUAUCACAAACAAUCAGAUUUGUACAAAUGCUGGAGGUAGCACCGUGACACAAACGUGGUAUGCUUUAUUUCCAUGUGAUUCUUCUCUUGUCAUGACUGGCGAUUAUUUUCCCGCAAAAAGGGCGUUGCGCGUUGUCGAAGUUGUCACGGCUCCGUUUUUUUUUUUUUUCGCUUUUCGUCUUUUUCCCUUCUCGGUUUGUGUUGCUCUAAUGUCAACAUCCGAUCAAUCCUUUUUACUGCUGAAGCAUGCUUUUUAUGAGCAUGUGGAAGCAACGAUUCAGUUGGUUCGCGUUGCCUUGGAACUGGAAUAUACCAUCUUUACUCGAUUCACUAUUGGCGUCAUUGUAGCCACAUUAUUCAGCGUCAUUUACCUCGGAUGGACACUUCGUCACUCACGACGGCCACUAGUAGUGUGGGAAAAACUGAAUAAGCCCCUCAUUAAACUAUUCCGACCGAGAAUGUUCGCCUCGUUAUUAACUAAUGUGAAUCCCUAUGUCGGAUCCAUCGAUAUGCGUGUCUCAACAUAUUCACGCGGAUUUUGUACGGGAAUUAUGCGGGAUCGGCACAGAAAUCGGGACUCUUUCAAAAGUAUCCAUGCAUCCGCUUUAGCCACAUUUUCCGAAACCGUGGGCGAAUUAGCGCUGGUCAGCACCCUGCAAGAUAAAGAUACAGCGACCUUGAAGUCACUCCAAAUUGAGUACAAGAAAAAGGCGCGUGGCUUGCUGACGGCUUCUUCCGAUUUUUCUUUACCGAGUGAUCUCGAGCAACAACAAGAAAUCGAAACCUUGGUUGUUGUCAAAGACCGCAUGCUGGAUACCGUAGCUAUUGCUCAUCUAACCUGGGUCAUUAACCGAAAAGAAGUGUAA